UCGCCCAGCGUCUUUCUCACGUGCGCGCCACUGUCAAUCAAUCCAGCGCGUCAUGGGUCUCAUUCACAGGUGAUAUCUAUUAGCUAUUACCUCAUAUGCUGUCAGGUGUCGCGUCCACCGGCCAACCGUUUUCUUCCUGUGGGAGAUAUUUUGUGUUGCGGUGGUUUUGGCAAGCUGCAGUCCGCUUUGCAGAUGCCAUGUUUGAGCAGUGAGCAUGGCGGAAAAUCAUCUGGAGUACGGCUACCUGGAGGGCGAGUCCAUCGGGGAGCGUUUCGCCGAGGACCCGGAGCUGGCGGCCAUCAAGGCCAGAGUUCAGGAGAUGGAGAUGGAAGAGGAGUCGGAGAGACUGAGGGAAGAGGAGAGGUUUGAUGCGGUAGACAUGCAGCACCUGACCAGCAGCCCUCGGCUUGGUGAGACUGCACGACCGUUCUACAAUAUGACUCCUGAAGAGAGAAUAGACGCAGACAACAGAUCCGUCUAUGUGGGAAAUGUAGACUAUGGAGCUACUGCAGACGAGCUGGAGAUCCAUUUCAACGGCUGUGGUCCUGUCAACAGAGUUACCAUCCUGUGUGACAGGUUCUCCGGCCAUCCCAAGGGCUUUGCUUACAUUGAAUUCUCUGAUCGAGACUCUGUGCAGAGUGCUAUUGGUCUGCAUGAGACCUUGUUCAGAGGAAGAGUCCUUAAGGUAAUGCCCAAGAGGACCAAUAUGCCAGGUAUCAGCACCACAGACAGGGGAGGACACAGAGGUGGCCACACCAGAGGCCGAGGCCGUGGUUACCGUCCACCUCGAUACCAGAGCAGCUCUCGAGGUAGGUUCCGGUACCAGUCGAUCAGGCCACAACACCAAACCCCCCACCCUUACUACGGAGGCCCCUCAGUGGGGAAGAGACAGUGGGGACACAUGGACUACCAGGAACAGAUGCCGAAACGUUACCCGUGUCUUCUUCUCAUCACCCCACCGUCGGAGGAGUUGGGGGCGGGGGCGAGUGGACAGCACUACCCUCAACAGCGCUAGCACUACCCACAGCAUACAUAAAGUGGGCGAAUAGAACUGAUUAUUUUAAAGAAGUGUUUCCAGGCAUUUCUGAGUUCAGCAUCGUGUGAGAUGCCAGAAUGGACAGAAGAGAUGACUUCCUAAGUUGCUUCAAGAGAUGUGAAGGAUGAAGACUAAGGCCAAAGGUGUUGCAUUAUAAGCUUAUGUUGCUGUGAAUGCAUGGGGCAAUCCUCAAAUUGUUAUGCAGUUGCAUCUCUUACUGUUUUUACAAACUGAUGCGAAUGUAUUGUGUUGCUGCCUGCAAUGUCUUGUAUAAAUCCUUCCUAUGUAUAACUUACAAGUUCUUUGCUAUGUAAGUGAAUAAAUAAAAGACAAUGAUCCAUUGUGCAGCAACAAUUAAGCUUUAUUACUUGCACAUUUCAUUAGUCAAGGCAACGUGUAAACAAUAGGAUUAGGGGGGGGUUCUGUACAGUGGAGGCCCAGAAGAUGGGGUGGAAGAAAAGUCAGCCAGUUUGUACCAUCAUUCCAGAUACGAUGCCAUCGAAGGCCCUGGAGGAACAUUUGUCAACAAUUAAAACACUGCAAGAUUUGGAGAAUGUCAGUGAUACAAAUCCUUUUGAAUAUCAAGUAAAGCAUAAACUCA